AUGCCGGAGAAAGAAGAGAAUCCAAAGAAGAAGGAGGGAUGCAUGGGUGGCUGCAGCGGUAGCAGCAGCAGCAACAGCAGCAGCAGCACAAGCAACAGCAACAGCAACAGCAGCAGCAACAGUCCAAGCAGCAGCAACAACAACAACAACAGUGUGAUAGUACUUUAUUUGGUGCAGACCCAGAAGCAGCAGCAGCAGCAGCAGCAGCAGCAGCAGCAGGAACAGCAGCAGCAACAGGAUUAUACGGUUCAUCAGCAGCAGGAACAGGAGGCCUAUCAUCAACAUCCCCAUCAUCAGCAGCAACAACAACAGCAACAGCAGCAGCAGCAGCAGGAGCAGCAGCAGCAGCAGCAGGAGCAGCAACAGGAGAAGGAAUAA